AGUGCGAUAUGAGGCCGAGCAGCGAGCGAGGGAGGAAGAAACGGCAGCAGUAGAGUCCAUUCCUCAACUCUCUCCAGAAAUCCAACUUGCUUCAACAUCUGGCGUCAAAUACGAGCUGUGGUGUGUGACAAGAAAACAGAAGCCGGGAAUCUUAUUGUUGUCCAACGAAACGGCCCAAUUCGAUUUCGAAGAUCUGUUGACUGUCCGAAGCCAUUUCUCGGAUACAUCGGCGACCAACCACCGAGCUGCUGUCACCCGGAAGGCCGCCACCGCCAUCUCCGCCGCACCGGGCGGGGAUUUAACUUUCUCCCUCCCGGACGCAUGGACGGAGUCGACGUGUAGCCACCUCGCAACCCCGGGGUACAAUUUGUCUCUGUUUGAUAAGAAUGGAUUUCUCUUUGGGGAUUGGCAGCGAGGAGUGCUUGGCAACUGUAAGAGGUCUGGAACUGAGGGCUGGUCAAAAGGAGCCCAGGCUUCUCUCACUAAUUGAACGAGGUGGACAGUUUGUACUCGGUGUGCUGGCAACCCCUGACGCUGUUGUGGCUCGUCCAGUGGCCCAGCUCUCCAUACCCAUUAAUGGAAAAUUUGAAAUUGUAAAAGAGGGUGAGGAGGCUCUUCUCAUUGACUUCUCCCUAGUGUCCGGACUCAAGAUAAGAAUAAAAGGAGAAAAAGCUCCAGAACUCUUGUUAGAACUCCAGGAUGAUGAGCGCACGCAGACUUUCCUCACUCAAGUUAUAAGCGCUCAACACCAAGUUCAAUUAAAUCCUACCAAGGGCAGCACAAUGGAUCCCCUUCCACAAAUAUCUCAAAGUGGAGGGCGAGUCCCGGCCCCGCCUCAGAGAGGACACAAGACUGCCAACUAUGUGGACUCUGGAGUCAACACGCCUACUUUGAUUAGCACAUUACCUCCCGCCUUCAACACUAACUCAACCACACAUCAUCCGAAUGCAGCCCAGUGUUUGGCCUCAGACUUUGGUUUUGAGGACAAUUUCAAUCACACUUUGAAAGUUGAAGAAAAAAAGAACCACCAGAACAGGAUAGUGGCCUCUCGGGAUCCUCCUCCUGUUCCUCCUCUUCCUCCCCGCAAAGCCUCCUUUACUCCAAGUUAUCAGCUGCCUCCAGCCCCGCUCCCGAAAGAGAGAGCCGUUUCCUCUCAAGCCAAAGACAACUCCGCUGGCAUCUCCAGACCAGAUGGUUUUAGGUCGAGCUUCGAUCGGUCGGAGAGGUCUCCGUCCUGGUGCGAGAGUCCAACCACAAACACCAUGAGACAGGCCAUGUUCUCCUCCCAGGCCGGAGAGAGAGAAUACCUCAUCAAACACCGCCUGGGAAAGAAGGAAAACGAAUAUGUGGACAUCCAGAACUUUAGGUUUUUCAGUGGUACGUGGAAUGUGAACGGGCAGUCUCCGGAUAGCAGCCUUGAGUCGUGGCUCUCUUGUGAUGCAGAACCUCCUGAUAUGUAUGCCGUGGGUUUUCAAGAGUUGGACUUGAGCACUGAAGCAUUCUUCUACAUGGACUCAUCCAAGGAGCAAAAGUGGGUGGAGGCAGUUGAGAGAGGCCUACACCCAAAAGCGCAGUACAAGAGGGUUCGAAUCAUUAGGCUUGUCGGGAUGAUGCUGGUGGUCUACGUCAAUAAGGUGCAUAAGAAACAUGUAACAGAAGUAGCUGCAGAACAUGUCGGCACCGGAAUUAUGGGGAAAAUGGGGAACAAAGGCGGUGUGGCAGUCAGAUUUGUGUUCCACAACACCAGCUUCUGCAUCGUAAACUCGCAUCUCGCAGCGCACGUGGAGGAUUUUGAGCGUCGCAACCAGGACUAUAAAGACAUUUGUGCCCGCAUGACCUUCCACCUACUGGACCACCCGCCUCUUAGUAUCCACAAGCAUGAUGUGGUAAUCUGGUUUGGCGAUUUAAACUAUCGUCUCUUCAUGUACGAUGCUUCUGAGGUCAAGCAUCUCAUUGCCCAGAAUGAGCUGAAGAAGCUUCAGGAGUUUGAUCAGCUAAACAUUCAGCGGCAGACCAGACGAGCCUUCACGGACUUCAUAGAAGGAGAGAUCAACUUCAUCCCAACGUACAAAUACGAUUCCAAAACGGACAGAUGGGACUCAAGCGGGAAGUGCCGUGUUCCAGCCUGGUGUGACAGGAUCCUCUGGCGGGGCAACAAUGUCAAGCAGCUCAAGUAUCGCAGUCAUAUGGAGCUGCAAACUAGCGACCACAAACCAGUCAGCUCCAUCUUCCAAAUAGGGGUCAAGGUGGUCAAUGAGCAGCGGCACAAAAAGGUAUUUGAGGAGAUUGUACGCGCCAUGGAUAGAAUGGAGAACGAUUUCCUCCCCUCUGUGUCUUUGAGCAGAACAGAGUUUACAUUUGAGAAUGUGAAAUUCCGGCAGCUCGAGAGGGAGCGCUUGCUCAUUAAGAACGACGGGCAGGUCCCUUGCCACUUUGCCUUCAUCCCCAAACUCAAUGACUCGCAGUAUUGCAAGUCAUGGCUGCGUGCAGAGCCCAGCGAGGGAUUCUUGGAACCAAAUGAGAACCUGGAGAUCUACCUGGAGGUCUACGUCAGUAAAGACUCCGUCACGCUGCUAAACUCAGGCGAGGACUGCAUCGAGGACAUCCUGGUGCUCCACCUGGACCGGGGCAAGGACUACUUCAUCACCAUCUCCGGCAACUACCUGCCGAGCUGCUUCGGCACCUCACUGGAGACUCUGUGCAGAAUGAAGAAGCCCAUCAGGGAGAUCCCCAUCACCAAGCUCAUCGACUUGGAAAAGUCCAAGGUGAACUUCUUGUUGGCGGAUGGCACAAGCACAGAGGACAAACCUCUCAAGAUCCCCAAGGAAGUGUGGAUUCUGGUCAAUCAUCUGUUCACCAAGGCAUCUGAUCAGGAGGACCUGUUCCAAACGCCGGGAUUAAAGGAGGAACUACAGAGCAUCAUUGACAGUCUGGAUACCAGCAUUCCUGAUGCCGUCCCUGGUUGCAACCACUCGGUGGCCGAAGCACUGUUGAUCUUCUUAGAGGCCUUGCCGGAGCCAGUGGUGUGUUACGAACUCCACCAACGAUGUCUGGACUGUGCCCACGAUAGCCGCCUCUGCAAACAGUUGAUCUCACAGCUGCCCAGUGCCCACCGUAAUGUGUUCCGCUACUUGAUGGGUUUCCUGAAGGAGCUACUCAAGCACGCGAACAACAACAACCUCACAGCCAGCCUCAUCGCCACCCUCUUUGCCAGCCUUCUCAUCCGACCGCCUCCCAGCAUGGCGAGCCGACAGACGUCCCAUGACCGUCAGAAAGCAAUUGAUUUCGUCUUGGGCUUCCUGAUGGCGGGAGAUGAAGAAUAACCGGCCUCCCCUGCGCUCUUCCUUCACAAUGUCUCCGUAGGAGCCAGAAAGAGUCGUGCAACACAAUUGAUCCUCUGUUUCAUGUUUCAUCUUUGUGGAAAGCAUUCACUCUCACCUUUACAAAUCCCAGACGCCUUUAUUUGGGGACCUCCGUUGGGCGUUAAACACGUCAACCAAGUUGUCCUUCUCUCGAUUGCCAUUGUCUGGAUUCAAUAGCACUUUGCAGAGGUGUGAAUGAUGCUCUGCACUUUUGGAUGUCUUAAAGGACCUGUGUGUCCAGACCAGGCAUGUCCUCGCUCGAACAGACCCAAAAUGGACCCCCCUCCCCCACCCCCAACGGAAUCCUAUCUGCACCAAUGGAGUGGUGUGCAUUUUAAAACACUAUGUUUCAUCGUUCUGCUAGCGUUCCUCUCAUAGAAGUCACUAAUGAAGUUCACCUGUAAAGGUGACAGCGCUUUUUAGGUUCAUCCUGAAAUUUCACCCACAAGCUGGAUAUCCCGAGCUUUUUUGCGUGUACUGUAGGUGCAGUAUAUUUUGACCUUCUUAUUCUAGAUGAGGCACACCAAAUCAUCCAUUUUACAGUUACUUGUGUUGAAGGGGCCCAUGUGCUGAUACCUGCGACCACCAUCUGUUGUGUUGAAGCUUUUAAGGUUUGCGUUUCAACAAAGUGCUUCGAAGUUUCAAAUAGCAAUGUCCAUUGUAAUAUGACAACAUUUUCUCCUGGGUGUUUGCUGUAAUGUUGGGAGAAUUUUGAGAGCCCUAUAUCAAGUUUGUCCUACUCCUCUGGAGUUACAAAGCACGUCUUUAAAUCGAGCAUCACCUUGCUGAUCAAAGGCAGGCAACAGUGCAAUCUGUUGUGCUCAAGGCUGUAAAUAGCAACUGUUUACCUUUUGAUGUGACACCUGUCAUCAUUGGCUGUCACAAAAGGGGUACUGGCUUACACGUGUGUUUGUUUGAUGCUAACCUUACCUACUUGUGAUUCAUAUUUUGGACUUUCUGCCUCACACUGUUUUCCUGUUUACUGUAACUCCUCGAGGCAAAAGUGACACAGCACUGUUCAUUGUCUCAUGACAUGAUGUCUAUCAGCGUGCUGUUUGUCAAUAGACCAAUCACAUCCUGGGUAGUUAAACAGUGCAUAUGGGAGAUGGCAAAUGAAUGGGUAUUCCAUUCAGCACUUUCGGUUUCUAUGUCCUGUGAUGCUUCAACUUAAUUGUUCACACAUGACAUGACUGCUGACAAUCAUGUGUGUAGGCUUGAAAUUGCUUUUUUAAAUUUUUUGUCUGCAGUCUUCUGUUCAUGCACACUUUGAGCUGAGAUGAAGUGUCCCAGCUUGGGAGAGACAUGUUCCAUCACCAGUCUUUUAAUGUUUUGUAAUCAUGCUUUACGAAUCCAACUUUCGAGAUCUAGCCUGAAAUCAAAACCUCUGACUCAAGUCUUGUGGUAGGCCAGUGCAUAAUGUGUAUUUAUGAGAAUUUAUUGUGCAGACACAUGGUCAUCAUCAGCUCCUUAAUGAAGGUACUCAAAGCAAUUAUUGGUGUUCAUCUUUUCAGCAUCUUUGGUACUUGUUAAUUUAUUUAACAAAUAAAAUCUUAUUUAAAUAAUG